AUCUGAUCCCCGGCGUUGUCAUCCCUUUCCCCGCGGCCAUCAUGCCGCCGUUCUGCAAGAUCGCUGUCAUCCAGCUAUAUGUCAAGCCCCUCAAACCGGCUGACAACUUCGCCCGGGCGGUGCAAUUCAUCCGCGAGGCCGCUGCCCAGCGUUGUCAUUUGGCCGUGCUGCCAGAAUUCCACUUGACGAACUGGGUUCCCACCGAUCCGAGUUUUGCGUCAUUGUGUGAUGAUUGGAGAAGCUAUGUGCAUCGCUAUCAGGCUCUAGCCAAGGAGUGCAAUAUCUGCAUUGUACCAGGGUCCAUCGUGCGCCCUGUAUCAGCGUCAUCCACAGAGCUCACCGACAAGCCCGCCCCAGCCCUCGAGAAUGUCUCCUUCUUCAUCUCCAACACAGGUGAGAUCCUCGGCUCUUACGUGAAAAAGAAUCUUUGGGGCCCUACCGAGCGAGCCUACCUUCGCUCCUCCGGCGACUGCCCGCACCGAGUCAUCUCGACCCCUCUUGGCCCUGUAGGCCUCCUCGUGUGCUGGGACCUAGUCUUCCCCGAAGCCUGGAGAGAACUGGUAUCCCAGGGAGCCAAGAUCAUCAUCGUACCCACCUUGUGGACUCGCAGCGGAGCCUCUGAGGCGGGCCAUCGUCAAAACCCGUCAGCACCAUCCUUGUUUCUGGAUAGCAUUCUGACCGCGCGCACCUUUGAAAACACUUGCGCGGUGGUCUUCGCCAAUGCAGGCGGGCCUCCAGGUAGAAACUACUGUGGUCUUUCCCAAAUCAACAUCCCCUAUGCCGGUCCGCUGGUUCGGUUGGGCACCUCAGCUGAAGGCAUGGGCGUCGCCACUGUGGAUUUGGCAGUGCUAGAGGAAGCAGAAGCAAACUACGCCAUCCGGAAGGAUGUAGCAGACGCUUCCUGGCACUACAGGUAUACACAGAGAACUCCGGCCGAGCCAUCGAAAGGGAAACUAUAGACGUAGACAUGAGCGGGGUACACAUCAGUUCAGUCGGAUCUAUCCGUACACUGCCCUGAGCGAAG